AGCACUGUGCAAAGGAGGUGGAACCAGUUUAGUGAGUCACAUCCAGACAACAACAUGCUUGGUCUUCGAGCAUCCUUCAUCCUCAUCCUUCUCUGCCAGCUCCCAGGGUUAGCAACCUCUGGAGCCCCAAAUGAGCUGGUUGGUGACCUUGGUGGGUCUGUGACUUUCCCUCUGAAGCUCCCAGGAAUUCAGAUUGACACUAUUAUCUGGACAUUCAAUGCAACCCCUCUCGUCAUCAUAGAGCCAAAAACGUCAGACAGACAAGCCAAUGUUAUAGUGACUCACAGUCAUAACAAGGAAAGAGUGAAAUUUCCACAAGGAAACUACUCCCUGAAGCUCAGCAAACUGAAUAAGAAUGACUCUGGUGACUACCGUAUGGUGAUAUACAGCUCUUCCCUCAAAGAACCCUUCAUCCAGAAGUAUAGGCUGCAUGUCUAUGAGCACCUAUCAAAACCCAAAGUUACCAUGGGUCUGCAGAAUAAUAUGAAUGGCACCUGUAUGACCAAUUUGACAUGCUUCGUGGACCAGGAAGGAGAGGAUGUGACCUACAGCUGGGAAUCCCUGGGGCAGGCAUCCAAUGAGUCCCAUAAUGGCUCCAUUCUCCCCAUAUCCUGGAGGCUGGGAGAAAGGGACAUGAGCUUCAUCUGUGUGGUCAGGAACCCCAUCAGCAGCAACUCUUCCAACCCUGUCUUUGCCUGGAAGCUUUGUGAAGGUGCUGCUGCUGACUCAGAAUCAUCCAUGAUCCUGGCCUUCCUAUGGGUGCUGUUGCUGAUCAUUGCCUUUACACUGAUGAUAAUUGUUUUGAUUAUGCGGAGAGAAAGAAGAAAAGUUUCAGAGUCCAUUGGAGAGAAGAAGGGAAUGGACACUCAUCAGGAAAUUCCUAACUACGACCCUCCGUCUGGAGAGACCCUAGUUUAUGACACAAUCACUUGUGUUAAUGAAACUAUUCCAGAGGAAAAUCCAGAAAAAACACUUUAUUUCUCAGUGCAAAUACCUCAAAAGAAAACUAUUCCAGAGGAAAAUCCAGAAAAAACAUUUUAUUCCUCAGUGCAAAUACCUCAAAAGAUGGAGAAGCCCCACUCUGCUCCCACAUCACCAGACGCACCAACAUUAUUUACAUAUGAGAUUAUCAACUAAACAGCAGUGCAUCACUUCUGCCUCACGAAGAUGUCGCCGAAGGCAAAAAAGGUAGCCCCUGCACCCUCCCAAAGCCGAAGCCAAAGCAAAGGCUUUGAAGACCAAUAAAGCAGUGCUGAAAGGCGUCCAGGGUCAUAAAAAGAAAAAAAGAAGAUCCUCACCUCACCUACAUUCUGACGGCCCAAGACACUGCAUCUCCAAAGGCAAUCCAAAUAUCCUCCAAAGAGCACACCCCCAGAGAAAGAAGCUUGACCACUAUGCCAUCAUCAAGUUUCCUCUGACUACCAAGUCAGCCAUGAAGAAGAAGAUAGAAGACAACAAGACAUUUGUGUUCAUUGUAGAUGUCAGGGCCAAGAAGCACCAGAUCAAAUAUGCUGUGAAGAAGCUCUAUGACAUUGACGUGGCCAAGGUCAACACUCUGAUCAGGCCCGAUGGAGAAAAGAAAGCGUAUGUUCAACUGGCUCCAAUUGUGAUGCUUUGGAUGUUGCCAACAAAAUUAGGAUUGUCUGAACUAAGUCUAGCUGGCUAAAUCCAAAUAUGAACUUUUUCACCA